GUGAGAGGUUGUUUUGAGAGAUUCCUCUACCUGCAUCUCGUGUUUGGAGGAAGCGAUGAUAACGAGAUCGAAUCUAGCGGAGCAGCUCAGGGAAUAUCAGAUUCGUUCAAAGCAUGAUUGGGCCUCCGUCUCUUUCUUCUCUUCCACCUCCAAUUUCUCAUCUUCCAGGGUCCAUGUCGUGGUCUUUGUCAUUUGGGAGCUGGUGAUCUUACUACUCCUGGUGUGUUCAGCAGUAUCCUUGUUCUUCAGGCGGUUGCAACUAGCAUUCAUCCUGGUUUGUGUCAGCUUGCUUUUGCUCUUCUGUAUGAAAAUUAUAAAGCAAGCGAGAAUAGCUAGGAACAAGAAGCGGAGGAUGCUUCUUCCGCUCUCUAUGUAAAAGGAAGGAGCAGCAAGUGUAAACCUUUUUUAUAUUCUUACGCAACCAUGACCAACCCUUUUCUUUGUGGCGUGAAUGCUGAUGAAGACGACAGUUAAGGUCAGACUUGUCUCUGGUAGCUCCUGUCCUUUGAAGAAUUGACCUGAUAUUGGAAACCAGGUGAUGGAUGGGUGCUGCUAUUCCAGGGCUUAGCUUAGACAAAUCAGAGCGCUACUUAACUCGGAACUAAAGUGGUUGAAAAUAUUGUUUUUUUUUUUUAAAUUCUCCUGUAUAUGGUGGUUUUGAAAUUAAGAAAUUAGUCCGCAUACACUGCAUUUUAAAACAACA